AUGCGCUGUCUGUUAUCUUUAGUUAUAGUCUCCGCAGCUUCGCUCAUGCGAUCUGUGCUUGCAGCUAAAUAUGAGCAGUACAUUCUUGCUCCAAGCUCAAGAAGCUUGCACCCUGUCUCGGUUUACGACGUCAAUGGCACAGUCACCGGCGCCGAGAGUCUUACCGGGAACCAGCUGGGCAGUGCUGUCUUCGAGGAUGCCUCAGCUGUGACCUUUGAUUACGAAAAGGGCAUCGGUGGAGUAGUAUCAUUAAUAAUCGGCGACGUCUCGGAUACCGAUCAAUACAUCGGUAUCACCUUCUCUGAGAGCUCUCUAUGGAUCUCUGCGAAUUUCAGCGAUGCAACUCACGAUGCUGGCAAUGAUGAGGCGCUUUGGUUUAACCCUUCCGGUCCUGGAGUAUACACCGUUCCGAGGGAGCGUGAGAGGGGCAACUUCAAGUAUCUAACCUUAGUACACAACACUACUGGACGCUUAGAGGUUACUCAAGUUACUACGCAUUUCACGUCUAUGCCGCAUUAUGCUGAGGACCAAUUGAGAAAUUAUACCGGGUAUUUUCACUGCAACGAUGAGCUGAUCAAUCGGAUUUGGUAUGCGGGGGCUUAUACCAAUCAAAUCUGCACCAUUGACCCCCACUAUGGCAAUGCGUUGAUAUUUCUGGGUAUCGUCAAUUCAACACAAACCAUCACAGGAUCACUGCCUUGGUACAGUAAUUUCACCAUCACUAAUGGCUCAUCCGCACUGGUAGACGGAGCAAAACGCGACAGGUUGGUUUGGGCAGGGGACAUGGCAAUUGCUGUUCCUGCGAUCGUCGUGAGCACGAACGAUCUUAUCUCCGUCCGGAAUUCCUUGGACUCGCUGUUCGCCCUACAGAACACUACGACCGGGCAGCUGCCCUAUGCCGGAAGAGGUUUCUUCCCUAUCUACUCAGCGACGUAUCAUUUGUAUACCUUGAUUGGCGUGGCUGAUUAUUACCUUUACUCGGCGGAUCUUGAGUACCUAAACAGUAUGUGGGAGCGAUGGAAGUUUGCCAUGAACUUCUCGCUAGGAUUUAUAGAUGAAAGCGGGAUGAUGAACGUUACUUCGAGUGCUGAUUGGCUCCGCUUUGGAAUGGGCGGACACAACAUUGAAGCAAACUCCAUUCUGUACUACACCAUCAACCAAGGGCUACUCCUGGCCGGCGUCAUGAAUGACAGCUCCGUCAUCUCGUCCUGGCAAGCCUAUGCCGCCGGCAUCAAGGCUUCCGCAAACAGGCUCCUCUGGAACAGCACAGCCGGUAUGUACCGCGACAACGAGACUACGACGUUAAUGCCACAAGACGGCAACUGCUGGGCCGUGGUCGCCAACAUCACAGAGAGCCCGGAACAGAAUAGAGCCAUAAGUGCCAACCUCAUCGAACGCUGGACUCCGUACGGUGCUCCGGCACCCGAGGCGCAAAGGGCAGUCUCCCCCUUCAUCUCCGGCUUCGAGCUGCAGGCCCACAUCCGCGCCUCCAACGUUUCCGCCGCGCUCGAUCUCAUGCGGCUGCAGUGGGGCUUCAUGCUGGACGACCCGCGCAUGACGAACUCGACGUUCAUGGAAGGCUACCAGGACACAGGCGAAUUGCACUACGCACCCUUCACCAACGACCCGCGCAUCUCGUACGCGCAUGGCUGGGCGACAGGCCCGACGUCCACGCUCACAUUCUACGUCGCUGGCAUACAGCUGCUCAGCGCGGGCGGGCAGACGUGGCGCGUCAGUCCCGCGCUGGGUGACCUGACGAGCGCAGAUGCAGGUUUUGAGACGAGCCUUGGUGUCUUCUCCGCGACGACGACGGUGGACGGUCAUGGUGGGAUCAGCAUACACUUUUCGGCGCCGGCGGGGACGAUGGGUGGGGUCAGCGUGCCGUAUCCGGCUUGUAGCGGGCAGAUGACGCUGAGAGAGGUGAACGGGAAGUGUGAGGAUGUGGUGGUGGAUGUUGUUGCGCAGGAAAAUGUGAGCGGGAGGAUUGAGAUUGAGGGGUUGGUUGGAGGUGACUGGGAUGUCCAGUUCAGUUGUUCUUGA